CGGCGGGAGCGAGGCGCUGCCGGCUGCGGGCCGCUCGCGGGCUGCGGCGGCCGCCGGGCCCGGCCUUUCCCGGGCGGACUACAACUCCCAGCGCUCCGCGGCGCGGCCUUGCGCCGGCGGCCGAGGAAACGAAAGCGGUCGCCUCGCCAGUCGACUUCACCUUCAGGCUGCAGCAUGAACGGCAGCGUGGCGGGCGGCGGCGUUUCCGAGGAGGUGAUCAGGCUCACCCGGGGACCCUCAGGGCUGGGCUUCAACAUUGUUGGUGGGACAGAUCAGCAGGUCAUUUCUAAUGACAGCAGCAUCUAUGUCAGCCGGAUCAAAAAGGAUGGGCCAGCUCACCUUGAUGGCCGAUUACAAGAAGGAGAUAAGAUUCUGGCGAUCAAUGGCAGAGUCUUGAAGAAUUUGCGACACAUGGAUGCUGUGGAACUGUUCAAAAAUGCAGGCUGCGAUGUGUUUCUGAAAAUUCAGCACAGGUUGCAGCCAGAAAAUGGCCCAGCGGGUCAUCGAGGUGGUGGAGACUCAGGUGGGCUUCCCCUAGCAGCCAUUCUUGUUCCAGGCCUGGCACUCGCUGCAGCAGCAGUCUGGAUCUUGUUGAGGUAUCGACAGCGGAUGUGAAGAGUACACCCUUUGGAUGUCACUGCGUAUUUUACAGCUAUGAUGUAAUUUAAAGAUAGAGAUUAACGAUCUUAUCACAGACUGAUGUCAAAGAGGAUCAUUGUCUAUCAUAAAGUUGCUGCUGGUGUUCUUUAUAUAUUGAUUUGUUGCAGAGUGAACGGAAGCAGAAAGGAGCAAGGGAAAGGAAGGAGAUGACUGUAUUAAGUGGGAUGGCUGUUGUGUUGUUUUUAACUCGUAUGAGAAGUUUUUAGCCAUCUCCCUCUAUUUGCACCGUGAACUUUCAAGCACACAUCUAUUCCAUGUUUUAGGAUGUGAUUCUUUAUAAAGAGGU